AGGGCAGGAGGGAGGGGGAGAGGGAGGUACCCUCAGACAGCUCUCUCUCUUUCUGUGUGUGUGUGUUUUUUCACAAAAAAGACUGAACUGGGGCUGAAACUGAAACAGGGCAAGACUUGUAAAAGCAGUGCAGUGUCUUGCUCUCCUUCAUUCUCACAGUUUCCUGUUUAAGGAGGCCAUUUUGUAACUCAGCCUAGGGGAAGAGGACAACAAAGUUUGGCAUUGUUUUUGUUUUUUUUUUCUCCCACGGGCCGGGAGUUUCACAAUCAACUUUGGACUUUCUCCUCUGCAGGAGCAACUUCUCUGGACGAGAGAGCUGAAGGAGGGAAGAAGAAGGUGGAGGAGGGUUGUUUCCCCACCCUCAGUGUGUCCCUUUUUUUUAUGAGCCUCUCACACACAUUGCUCAUGCUUGUCAUGCCUGGACAAUAACAGGAGUCUGCCACCGAAAGAGCGAGAAAGAAGUGGCUGAAAGGAGGGGGGAAAAAAAACACCGCUUCCUGGAUAAGGAUUUCUUCCUUCAUCCACUGGGAGGGGGUGGACACAGGACACAGAGAAAACCCUGGGACUCUGGGCUUAGUGUGUGUCCAUGUGUCAGUGUGAGUACCCCUCUCUCCUCCGCUGAGACAGUUUGAAUGACUGUGGGUUUUCUGAGAACUCUAGACUGCACCUGGGCGUGUGUUUGUGUAGUGUGUAUGUUGAGAGCUUCAGGCACCCAGCGGACGGGGACUCUGAAUGGCUAACGCUAGCCCUUGUAUGCCCUCCUCAGGGGCCAUGGCCCAGGUCUUCUUUCCCCCUGGGGGCUCCUCACCACCCGGCUCAGCUGUGAUGCAGCAGGGGACCCCCAUAUCUAUGCCCUCUCUGCCCACUCAAGGUGGGUUUCCUGUGAUGGACCUGACACUAGGGCAGGUUCCUGGUGGGGCUGUGCUGCCCUCACUGCCUCCAACUCCGGCAGGGGUGUCCUUCAUCAUCCAGAUUGGCCUGACCAGAGAAUCUGUCCUGAUGCCCCAGACUGCUGACCUGGCUUAUGUGAAACAAAUUGCCUGCUCCAUUGUCGACACCAAGUUCCCUGAGUGCGGCUUCUAUGGCAUUUAUGACAAGAUUUUGCUGUUCAAGCAUGACACGUCCACCAACAACAUCCUGCAACUGGUUAAAGGUGCCAGUGACAUACAGGAGGGAGAUCUGGUGGAAGUGGUGCUCUCUGCGGCAGCCACAUUUGAAGAUUUCCAGAUCCGGCCCCACGCACUCAAUGUGCACUCAUACAGGGCCCCAGCCUUCUGUGAUCACUGUGGAGAGAUGCUGUUUGGACUGGUCCGACAAGGGCUCAAGUGUGACGGAUGUGGACUAAACUACCACAAGCGCUGUGCAUUCAGCAUCCCAAACAACUGCAGUGGAGCUCGUAAACGGCGUCUGUCCACCACCUCACUGAGCAGCAGCCAGUCCUUGCGUCUCUCCACCACUGAGUCAGUGUACAGUGUAGGGACGGCUUCCACCUGCACAGAGGACACCAACCUCAUCCGCUCUCACACACAAAUGCCACGGACUCCUAGUGACGCCCGGCGCUUCUACACGGGCCGACCUGUUCAUCUAGACAAGAUCCUGAUGAGUAAGGUGAAAGUGCCCCACACAUUUGCUGUCCACUCUUACACAAGACCGACGGUGUGCCAGUACUGCAAGAGGCUUCUUCGAGGACUGUUCAGGCAGGGCCUUCAGUGCAAAGACUGCAAGUUCAACUGCCAUAAACGCUGUGCGUACAAGGUUCCUAAUGACUGCCUCGGGGAAACCAUUGGAGACAACAGAAGUAACUGUGACAUGUUGAGUCCCAGUGCAGACCCUGAGGUUCCCAUGGACUACAGUACUGACUACGAUGCCUCAGAUAAGUCUUCGAUAGAUGACUCGGACGAGGCCUGCAGCAUCCCUGGGUCCUUUUCUCCUGACAACAACCAGGAUGGAACCAGCGGAGAUCAGAGUGUUUACAUCCCACUUAUGAGGGUGGUACAGUCUGUGAGACAGACAACCCGUCGAUCCAGUACUGCUAUCAAGGAAGGAUGGAUGGUUCACUACAGCAAUAAGGACACACUGAGAAAGAGGCACUACUGGCGUCUGGACUGUAAGUGCAUCAUCCUUUUCCAGAACAACACCUCCAACAAAUACUACAAGGAGAUCCCUCUGUCCGAGAUCCUGGAGGUGCGUCCUGCUGGUAACUUCACUCUUGUCCCACCGGGCACAAAUCCUCACUGCUUCGAGCUCAUUACAGGCACUAUGUGCUACUUUGUAGGGGAGGACCCCAACACCCUCCCCUCUUUGCCCCCAAGCAACCCCCAGACUCUCCCCCCGACCCCUCCCUCCCCCAGCCAAGUAGCUCCCAACAGUGGCAUUGGGCGUGAGGUGGCCAAGGCAUGGGAGAGCGCCAUUCGGCAGGCCCUCAUGCCGGUCAUCUUUCAAGACGCACCCCCAGCUGCCGGGAACACAACUCACAGACAAGCCUCUAUCAGCAUAUCUGUGUCCAACAGUCAAAUCCAAGAAAAUGUGGAUAUUGGUACAGUGUACCAGAUUUUUGCUGAUGAAGUGCUGGGAUCUGGGCAGUUUGGAGUAGUGUAUGGAGGAAAGCACAGGAAGACAGGGAGGGACGUAGCUGUCAAAGUCAUUGACAAGCUUCGCUUUCCCACCAAGCAGGAGAGCCAGUUGAGGAAUGAGGUGGCCAUACUGCAGAGUUUACGUCACCUGGGCAUUGUGAACCUGGAGUGUAUGUUUGAGACCCCAGAGAAAGUGUUUGUGGUGAUGGAGAAGCUACAUGGUGACAUGCUUGAGAUGAUCCUCUCCAGUGAGAAAGGCAGAUUGCCUGAGAGGCUCACUAAGUUCCUCAUCACACAGAUUCUUGCAGCACUGAGACAUCUGCACUUUAAAAACAUCGUUCACUGCGAUCUGAAACCUGAGAAUGUGCUGCUUGCCUCUGCUGAUCCCUUCCCCCAGGUCAAGUUGUGUGACUUUGGUUUUGCCCGUAUCAUCGGCGAGAAGUCUUUCCGACGCUCUGUGGUUGGCACCCCUGCCUACUUGGCCCCGGAGGUUCUGCUGAACCAGGGCUACAACCGCUCACUGGACAUGUGGUCAGUCGGUGUCAUUAUGUACGUCAGCCUGAGUGGGACAUUCCCGUUUAAUGAGGAUGAAGACAUCAACGACCAGAUCCACAACGCAGCUUUCAUGUACCCUCCCAACCCCUGGAAACAGAUCUCCAGCGAUGCAAUCGACUUGAUCAACAACCUGUUGCAAGUUAAGAUGAGGAAACGCUACAGCGUGGACAAGAGUCUCAGCCAUGUAUACUUACAGGACUAUCAGACAUGGCUAGACCUACGAGAGCUGGAAACCAAACUCGGCGGGCGUUACAUCACCCACGAGAGUGAUGACAGCCGCUGGCAAAUGUUUGCCCGUGAACAUACUCUGCCUUACCCUGCUCAUCUUGUGCCUCCUCCUGCUGCGCCGGCCUCUGACGAUGAGGAGGGCAGGGAGGAUGCUGAUGUGCAAGGCCUCACUGAGAGGGUCAGCAUCCUCUGACCAGAGAGACAGAGACAAGAGGACUCAAGCUUAUUUAGGAAGGAGGAAAGAAGUAGGGCGAGGGAGGGGGGCUAGGAAGGUUGACUUAGAAAGAGAUCUGAAAGAGACAUAGAGAUGCUAAAAAUAAUAUGGGUCUAAUAAGAAUAGUGUCCAGCUGUUUAGACUUUCACAGCACAUCUGUGUGCCAGCACGCAAUUUAACAGCAAUAAAUCAAAAUUCACUUCUCCAGCCUGAGGUCAUCAAAACUUCCUUCUAUUCAUUUACCUCUGCUGUUAUUGGCCCUCUUUCAUCUUUCAAACUCUUUUCAUGUUGAAGACUGCUUGACUCUAUUUCACACCCUGUGUGCAGCUGACCUGGAGAGUCUUUACAGAUACAAUUGGAGUCAACUUAAAAUUUGUCACACGAAUGAAAAGCUGCAUGUUCUCUGCCUCUCACCACAAAAUCCUUCAAAGUGAACCAGGAAAUACCAUUUCACAGUGAGCGAUCAAGAUAAGAUUUGGUAUAGUUGUGUAUUUUUCUAAUCAAAUAGUUUAUUUAAAAUGAAACUGCCUUGUAACAUUUUUAUUGUAGUGUCAUUUAAUUGGACUGACUGGAAUUACAGUCCCUUUUAUGUCUUCAGUAAAGGCCGGUUAAGUCUUUUUUUCAGUGAGGGCUUUAUGGUGACAAAAGACUUCCUCUGUGCUGGUAAUUACUAUUGUGCAGGCAUCGAGUCAAACCCAUCUGUAGUCACAAAUGCAUUCCCAUAAAUGCAUGUCCUGUUGUGAAAACUGGAAGUAUUGAUCCAGGGAUAGCAAAUCCUCCAGUAAUUACCACUAGUUUUGAGCCACAAUAGAGUCUUAAAAAACAUAUGUGAUUAAAGAUGUCUUUGCGGGUUUAAAUGAACUUGCACUGGGCUGUUCACUGGCAGUAUGAGACAUUUAAAUGGACACUUCUUUUAAACAACACAGCUCCUUGCUUGUUGCUUUUAAGAAGAGCAGACCUCUCCCUAGGAUGCAAGUGCAUAGAUGGACAGCUUGGGUUACUAAAACUAGAUUUUGGAGAGUGUAUGUAGUUUUAUUAUUGACUACCUGUCAUGUCAAUAUGUUGCAUGUUUCUGUGAAGUAGAAUUAUCUAGAUACAAUAUAAAACAUACUGUAGUUAUGAUGGUCUAUUAUGCACGUGUAGCCUGAAGCUUAUGUAGUUGUCAAAUAUGCAUAGACUGUGUAUAACAUGUUUGAAGGAUGAUCCUAGCAUUGGAAACAGACAAUACAAACCUUGAACAAUA